AUUGUUUAUGUUUUGGUUUUUGACAUUUAAUUUUGACGUAUUUCAGAAGUUGAAGUUAAGCUUGAGGUUAACUUUUCAUAAUAUUAAUAGUAAAGUUUAUUCGUUUAUUGUAGAAAUGAGAACGAGUACGUCUCAAUUUAGUAAAAUGGUGUCAUUCAUGGAAGAACACGGUGACCUCAACAAACCACCCCAUGAUGCAAGAGGCAGGAUACUCAAUAUGAAAAGUUGGGUGCGUUUGACUGAGAUGUUAAACAAUGAUGUUAGCGGUGAUAUUAAAACUACUGAUAAAUGGAAGAAGGUAUGGAGUGAUUUCAAAAACAAUACCAAAAAGAAAGCUGCUCGCUUACAUAGAGCAGCUACUGGCACUGGUGCUGGUCCCGUAGUUUAUGCAAAAUUGACGAAUUUAGAGAAAAGAGUACUAAAACUAAUUGGUGUAAACAGCUGGAUUAUUGCACAUCGAAAAGUAAUCAGGCCUGUGCAGGUGCAGCCGGUACAAGUGCAACCGGUACAGAUGCAACCAGUACAGGUUCAAUCAGUACAGGUUCAACCAGUACAGAUUCAGCCUGUACAGACAGUAGAAACAGACCAAACAACACGACCAUUUAUCAUAAUAAAUGAAACUCCAAAAGAAGUAAAAAUGGAAAAAAAUAUUGAAACACCUCAAGAAGAAAAUAAAGAUUUCAAAUCAGAGGAAUUCAGGAUUAGGAAAAUGGAACUUGAAAAUCAAAGGGAAUGGCAAAGAUUAGCUUCAAGAGCUUUAGAUAUAUUAGAUAAAGUAGUCGAUAAGUAUUGUUCGAGUUAGUUGUAAAAUGAUUUGUAUUUGUUGAACUUCCAGUAAUUGUAAAUAAUAAUAUAUAAAAUAAAUAAUGUUGUAAAUUGUA